GAAUUGUUGGCGAUAGUAUGUGAGCUCUGAUAAGGCCAGUUUUAUAUAGUAUAUAUCCUCACGCGACCGUAUUCAUUUAGUGACGGCUGUAGCAGCGCAGAGUCGUAUUUACCUAGUCAUUAACUUAAUAUUUUACAAAUAAUCCAAAAUGUGCGACGAUGAAGUAGCAGCGUUGGUUGUUGACAACGGAUCCGGUAUGUGCAAGGCUGGAUUCGCCGGAGAUGACGCCCCUCGCGCCGUCUUCCCAUCCAUUGUCGGCCGUCCUCGCCACCAGGGUGUCAUGGUGGGCAUGGGCCAGAAGGACUCGUACGUCGGUGAUGAGGCCCAAUCCAAACGUGGUAUCUUGACCGUCAAAUACCCGAUCGAGCACGGCAUCGUCACCAACUGGGAUGACAUGGAGAAGAUCUGGCACCACACCUUCUACAAUGAGUUGCGUGUCGCCCCCGAGGAACACCCCGUCCUCCUUACCGAGGCCCCCCUCAACCCUAAGGCCAACAGAGAGAAGAUGACACAGAUCAUGUUCGAGACCUUCAACACACCGGCCAUGUACGUCGCCAUCCAGGCCGUGCUCUCCCUGUACGCCUCUGGUCGUACCACCGGUAUCGUGCUCGAUUCCGGCGAUGGUGUCUCCCACACUGUCCCCAUCUACGAAGGUUACGCCCUUCCUCACGCCAUCCUGCGUCUGGAUCUGGCUGGCCGCGAUCUGACUGACUACCUGAUGAAGAUCCUGACGGAGCGCGGCUACUCUUUCACCACCACUGCCGAGCGUGAAAUCGUUCGUGACAUCAAGGAGAAACUCUGCUACGUCGCUCUGGAUUUCGAACAGGAGAUGGCUACUGCCGCUUCUUCCACUUCAUUGGAGAAGUCGUACGAGCUUCCCGACGGUCAGGUCAUCACCAUCGGCAAUGAGCGGUUCCGUUGCCCCGAGGCCCUCUUCCAGCCCUCUUUCUUGGGUAUGGAAGCUAACGGCAUCCACGAGACCACUUACAACUCGAUCAUGAAGUGCGACGUCGACAUCCGUAAGGAUCUGUACGCCAACACUGUCUUGUCUGGAGGCACCACCAUGUACCCAGGCAUCGCUGACCGCAUGCAGAAGGAGAUCACUGCUUUGGCUCCAUCCACCAUGAAGAUCAAGAUCAUCGCCCCACCGGAGCGCAAAUACUCCGUCUGGAUCGGUGGCUCCAUCUUGGCCUCCCUCUCCACCUUCCAACAGAUGUGGAUCUCGAAACAAGAAUACGAUGAGUCUGGCCCAUCAAUUGUGCACAGGAAGUGCUUCUAAACUUCAAGUAAGGCUAUUUCUAAUUUAUGAUGCCCUACACCAAAUCCCGGAUUGGGUGGCUCAAAUUACGCUUGUGAUCUAUAAUUUAAGAACAGUAUUUAAUAGGAUGUAAGGUGUCGUAAUAUGCAUAUUACGUAAAUAUAAAUUUGACAGAGUUUUAUUUAUGAAAUUUACUAACAUUUGUAAUAAAAGUUAAUUUAUAUACCGGUAUAUAAAAA